AGGCCGCAGCCGCUCUGCUUCGAGGCGGCCCCCGCCCGGGCCGGGGCCCGGCACGGGCGAGCCUCUCCUGGGGCGACCGCGCGCGGGGCACGGUCCCCAGCGGGGGGGCCCGCGAGGGGGGGCCAUGGUGCAGAGCAGCCGCAAGCGGUUGUCGGAGAUGCUGGACGGCGACGUGGACCACGCCGAGCCCGCACAGGGCGCGGGCGACGCCGAGGUCGAGGCGUCCCAGCAGCAGCGGCCGGUGACGUUCGGGGAGUGGUUCCAGGCCGCCUCCGCGGAGGACCUGCGGGCGACGCUCAAGUCGCUGGUGGCCUCCUACCCCGAGGCGGCGAGCCAGGU